UUGGUUCCUGCGGGGACAGGCGAUCUGUUUCUUUGUGCUUUUCUCUCAGCAGCUGCGGGGAGGAGAGGCAUCUGUCAUUAUCUGUAAUGCUGUCCACUAAGAAGUCAGACCCAGGCUCCUCAUCUUCCUCCGGGGGUAACGGUGGUGACCGUGCUCCUGACACCCUCUCUGCCCCCCAAACUGUUGCAGCUGGGACCUCUGGCCCAGGUUUAAUAGAUGUGAAAAAGAAAGAGAGAGCCUCCCCGAGUGGCGAACCAGGUGGGCCUCCUCUCCUGCAUCCUCCUGGACCUGGAGGGAUUGAUCAGGACACCGCAGAGGGUCGCAGAACCAGUCGCCGCAAGCGAGCAAAGGUGGAGUACAGGGAGAUGGACGAAAGCCUUGCUAAUCUGUCGGAGGACGAGUAUUACUCUGAGGAGGAAAGAAACGCUAAAGCUGAGAAAGAGCGGAAGCAGGUGAUACCUCCUCCUCCUCCACCUGUAGAGGAGGAAAAUGACAGCGAACCAGAGGAACCAUCAGGUGUUGAGGGGGCCGCAUUCCAGAGCCGUCUCCCACAUGACCGUAUGACAUCACAGGAAGCUGCAUGCUUCCCUGACAUCAUCAGCGGGCCACAGCAUACUCAGAAAGUGUUCCUGUACAUCAGAAACCGCACGCUUCAGCUCUGGUUGGACAACCCCAAAGUUCAGCUGACCUUCGAGUCUACUGUGCAGCAGCUAGAAGCACCAUACAACAGUGAUGCUGUCCUAGUGCACCGGAUACACAGCUAUCUGGAGAGACACGGGUUCAUCAACUUUGGCAUCUACAAGAGAGUAAAGCCUCUGCCAACUAAGAAGACAGGAAAGGUGAUAAUAAUCGGAGGCGGGGUAUCAGGGCUGGCAGCUGCACGACAGCUGCAGAGUUUUGGGAUGGAUGUGACCGUUCUGGAGGCAAGAGAUCGCGUAGGCGGGCGUGUGGCUACGUUCAGAAAGGGGAACUAUGUAGCUGACCUUGGGGCAAUGGUAGUGACUGGUCUGGGUGGGAAUCCAAUGGCUGUAGUAAGCAAACAGGUCAACAUGGAGCUGGCAAAGAUCAAACAGAAGUGUCCACUCUAUGAAGCCAAUGGACAGGCUGGCGAGCGCUGUACAAGUGUCCCUAAAGAGAAGGACGAGAUGGUUGAGCAGGAGUUUAAUCGUCUGUUAGAGGCCACGUCGUACCUCAGCCACCAGCUUGACUUCAACUUUCUCAACAACAAACCUGUUUCUCUGGGACAAGCCCUGGAAGUUGUCAUACAGCUGCAAGAAAAGCAUGUAAAAGAUGAACAAAUAGAGCACUGGAAAAAGAUUGUGAAGACUCAAGAGGAGCUCAGAGAUCUUCUUAAUAAGAUGGUGGGUUCUAAGGAAAAAGUAAAGGAGCUGCAUCAGCAGUAUAAAGAGGCCAGCGAGGUAAAGCCACCCAGAGACAUCACAGCUGAGUUCCUGGUGAAGAGCAAACACAGAGACCUCACAGCACUCUGCAAGGAAUACGAUGAGCUGGUGGAGGUGCAGGUUAAACUAGAGGAGAGAUUGCAGGAGCUGGAGGCCAACCCACCCAGCGAUGUGUAUUUAUCUUCGAGAGACAGACAGAUUCUCGACUGGCAUUUUGCUAACCUGGAGUUUGCCAAUGCAACUCCUCUCUCCACACUUUCCCUAAAGCAUUGGGACCAGGAUGAUGAUUUUGAGUUCACUGGCAGUCACCUGACCGUGCGUAACGGGUACUCGUGCGUUCCCGUGGCCCUCGCCGAGGGCUUGGACAUAAAGCUCAACACCGCAGUGAGACAGGUCCGAUACACAUCAUCUGGUUGUGAGGUGAUAGCUGUAAAUACUCGCUCCACUACACAGACCUUUAUUUAUAAGUGUGACGCUGUGCUGUGCACUCUUCCUCUGGGGGUCAUGAAGCAGCAGCCACCAGCCGUCCAGUUUGUGCCUCCCCUGCCGGAAUGGAAGACCGCUGCCAUUCAAAGGAUGGGGUUCGGAAAUCUAAACAAGGUGGUGUUGUGUUUUGAUAGAGUAUUCUGGGAUCCCAGCGUUAACCUCUUUGGACAUGUGGGAAGUACCACGGCCAGUAGAGGGGAACUGUUUCUUUUCUGGAACCUCUACAAAGCUCCCAUACUGCUGGCAUUGAUGGCAGGAGAGGCCGCUGGAAUUAUGGAGAAUAUUAGUGAUGAUGUCAUCGUUGGGCGGUGUCUGGCCAUCCUCAAGGGAAUUUUUGGAAGCAGUGCGGUACCUCAGCCAAAAGAGACGGUGGUGACUCGCUGGCGUGCCGACCCCUGGGCUCGGGGAUCUUACUCGUACGUGGCAGCCGGGUCGUCUGGUAAUGACUAUGAUCUCAUGGCCCAGCCCAUCACACCUGGUCCUGCCAUACCUGGAGCUUCACAGCCUGUUCCACGUCUGUUCUUCGCUGGCGAACACACGAUCAGGAACUAUCCCGCUACAGUCCACGGCGCUCUGCUGAGCGGGCUGAGGGAGGCUGGAAGAAUUGCCGAUCAGUUCCUGGGGGCCAUGUACACUAUGCCACGGCAAGCUACAGCCAACCCAAACCCACAGCCCUCACCCAGCGUCUAACAGAUGACUGAACAUGUAAUGCAGCUGAGAGAAGGACGGUGAUGGUCCAUGAAAGAAUGUCUUGGUAGAUAAAAACGGGGAGGGUCAAGUGAGGACACUAGGUGACUCCUUAGACUGGGAAUGCGUGUAUGUGUUUAUGGGAGAGUUUGUCUGUAAGAACAUGCCUUUGGGGAAAUAAUUCUCUAAUCUGGGAGCUGAAGCCGGGAUUUAAUGAAACCUUUCACUCAGUUCCCUCCUGCUGAUGCAGCUUUACUGGCAAAAUUCUGGCUCAUCUAUAGUUAAUAGGACAGGUGGAUGCUUCCAAAAGAAUUCCUUGGGACGUUUUCCUUCUUUGCUCUAUUGAAAGAGACAUAAAAUACUGGGAUGAUUAUAAACUCUACUGAUCUGCACUCUGGAGUUUUUGGUCGUGUUUCAAGACAGAGCAUUAAAAUUUCACUCACAGUUAAGGAAGAGACUUUUUGUCGCUAAAGGACUCAACUGACAAGGAGAUAGACAUUGGAUGCACCAUAUAAACUCAAGUCAUUCUGUUGCAUAAUGUUAACCCAUUCUGUUUUAUUUUUUCAAAACAAAAAAGAAAAAUGUAAUGUCAAUAGCAGAUGUUUUGUCCCCCACACACCAGUGUAGGUAUCAUAGCUUGCCUGUAUUUGGCUUGUUAGUUUUUUUUUAUGUGGGAAAAUGAUAUUAGCUGAAAUGCACAUUGUGUUGCUAAAAGGUCUGUUUCUGUUAAGUAUUAGUUGGUAAAAUUAUAGCUGAUUUGUAAUGUCUUUUUGCUACAUAGGUUGUAGGUCUUUAUUUUUAAUUAUUAUUUUUUCUAUAUUUUGUUAUUUCUUUGGCUAUUAAAAAUGAAUGUGAUCUCA